AUGGCCAAUUAUAUGUCGCAAUGUCAAGAGCCAGAAGCAGAAAAGGAAGUGUUGGGUGACAUUGAGUUGCCCGAAGAGUAUAGACCGGAUACGAAGGAUCGUUUCUAUCGUCCACCGAAACUCAGUGAAAACAAAAAUGUUUAUCAUGUGAUCGCCAGUGGAAAUUUUGCCGAUAUUAUCGCCGCUGUGAAUCGAGAGGAAAAAGCUGUAGCUGCAAAGAGAUACAAGAUUGAACAAUUGAAUCAAACAAUUGAUGGUUAUACUCGCCUCAGAAGAGAAAUUCAAAUUUCUCGUUUCAAUCGACAUGAGAAUAUUGUUGAAUUUUAUGAUGUUUUUGUGGAGAAGCCCGAAAAUCCAACCCACAUCUGGCUUGUCACCGAAAGAAUGGAUCACACUUUGGAGAAAUAUUUUGAACAUCUCCGCCGUAACGACGAAAAAUCAGAGCCGGUGAAAAGAGAUCUCCGCCAUAUUGGAGCACUUCUCACUCAAUUACUUCGAGCUCUUGAUUAUAUCCAUCAGCGUGGAAUCAUGCACAGGGAUGUGACUCCCCGAAACAUUGGAAUGAACCAAAAGGAGUUUGAGAUCAAACUCCUCGAUUUUGGACUUGCCAGAGAAACAAAUCCAAAACUCGAUCACUCGACAAAUGUCGAUACUCCUUACAUCUACAAAUCUCUUGAAGUCUUCAUGAGAACCAAAUACAAUACGGGAGUUGAUAUUUGGGCUGCAGCUUUAGUUGCUCUUGAAAUGUUGGGAAUAAAAUUGUUUAUGCCAACUGGAACCGAUGAAGAAAUCACAAAAAAGAUACGGAAACGUGGAGCGGAAAACGCCGUCAAGGACAGAAUCUUCGCCGUUCUUGGAGUCCCAGAGGACCAAUAUCAAUCAAUCUUUGGCCGACCCAUUCAAGAGAAACCACACGACGGCGAGUUUGACAAGAUUUGGGAGGAGAAAAUCGAGCCACGUUUGGACAGAGAUAUCGGGCCAUUAAGAAGAGAGGACUUUAAAGAUUUAAUUAAAAAGAUGCUUCACCCAAAUCCACAACAACGUUUGCGGGCCGAUGAAUGUCUCCUUCAUCCGUUUUUGCGUAUUUUGAACGAAAAAUACGAUCAACGAGCCAGCUCACUCGGUACUGGAAAACAACCAAAAGAUGAUCAACAGAUGAAAGCUCGAAACGCUCAAGAUCGAGAUGUUCUUUUGAAGGAAUUGUCCGAUCCACGCAAUCAGCGUAUUAACACUGAUGAGAAAUCGUUUCCC